AGCGCGGCCAUGUUGAACGAUUCUGAAAGAAGAGACAAAAGAGCGACAACUCGGUGGAUUUCUCCAAACAGAGACUAUCAAUCUAACUAAAAAAAAUUAACCCUCAAGAUAACUUUAACUACGAUGAAACACUGAAGACGUCGAGUGGCUGUAGCAAACGAAGAUGAGCUGGAUUAUUUGUUGAUGGUCAGUCCCCAAAGCACUUUGCAGACUGCCAUCUCAAAUUUUGCUGCAGAAGUAAAGAACUGGAACAAGACUGCCAUUGAGCGCAAGGGUGUCCAUCUCAAGGAACAUACUUAUUGAGCUGUAUCAAGAAACAGCAGAGACAUUUGAAGACCUAUGUUCAAGGAACAAAACAAUAGAAAGGGAAACACGACCAAACAAAUCAUACUUUGCUACUCGCCAAAUUGAAUGUAACAAAUACAAUACUUGUGCUUGAAAAGCCAAGAUAUUUGAACACAACACAUUAUCAUUCAAGUAGGGAUGAGAAAACUUGGAUAUAAAUCUCUUAAAGAUGAAUAAGAGUGUGUUUUGGUCACAUAUUUGAUUUAUUUAUUGAUAUCAAUGUUAAUUUCUCCGUUUUUGGAGAGUCGUCUUGUAAAUAGACAGAUUUCAUCCACAGACUUCUUCUUUUCAAGAGGUCUGAGCAUCAGAUUGUGUACACAUUACACUGCAAAAAGGAAAGAGACAAGAAAAAGUUUUAUAUUCUUUCCAGUGUUUUAGUUUUGUUACGUUGUACACACUGAUGCUUGAGCCAAACAGCAUAUAAGUGUAAUAGAAAAAAAGAUACAUUGCCAGUAAAGGUGUUGAACCCAUGGCUACAGCAAAAACAGAAAACCCAGCAACGAUGUUUGGAUUGAACAAACCAGCGAAUGGGCAGCUCAGAGGACAGACCAAGCCAGCUGGUCAACAGUCAGGAGUCCUGGUGCCUCUCCAACAGCCCAACGCCCUCCAGAAAAGAACCACCAUUCCUCAGAGCAGUGGGGGCAUCAAGUUUGGUGAUGACUGGAAGAAGUGCCUGGCGCUUCCACCAAAGGAUACCAGGAUGAGAACUUCGGACGUGACCUCAACUAAGGGAAACGAGUUUGAAGACUACUGCCUAAAGCGAGAACUUCUAAUGGGGAUCUUUGAGAUGGGAUGGGAGAAACCCUCCCCAAUCCAAGAGGAAAGCAUCCCCAUCGCUCUGUCAGGCAGAGAUAUCCUUGCUCGAGCAAAGAACGGCACAGGAAAGAGUGGAGCCUACCUCAUCCCUCUCCUGGAGAGGAUAGACCUGAAGAAGGAUCACAUCCAGGCCAUAGUAAUGGUGCCAACGAGAGAGUUGGCUCUGCAGAUGAGCCAGAUCAGCAUUCAGCUCAGCAAGCACCUCGGAGGGGUCAAGGUGAUGGCUACCACGGGGGGCACGAACCUGAGGGAUGAUAUCAUGCGUCUGGAUGAGACAGUGCAUGUAGUGAUUGCUACACCAGGCAGGGUAUUGGACCUGAUAAGGAAGGGGGUGGCUAAAGUGGAUAAAGCCAGAAUGAUGGUGAUGGAUGAGGCAGACAAGCUGCUGUCCCAGGAUUUUGUGGUCCUGAUUGAAGACAUCAUCAGCUACUUGCCAAAGGAUCGCCAGAUCCUGCUUUACUCUGCCACUUUUCCCAUCAGUGUGCAAACAUUCAUGAGCAAGCACCUAGAGAAGCCUUAUGAGAUCAACCUGAUGGAGGAACUGACACUGAAGGGCAUCACUCAGUACUACGCAUACGUGACGGAACGACAGAAGGUCCACUGUCUCAACACGCUCUUCUCUAGGCUUCAGAUCAACCAGUCAAUCAUCUUCUGUAACUCCACCCAAAGGGUUGAGCUACUUGCCAAGAAAAUCACCCAGCUGGGCUAUUCCUGCUUCUACAUUCACGCCAAGAUGAUGCAGGAAUACAGGAACCGUGUGUUCCACGACUUCAGGAAUGGAUUGUGCAGAAACCUGGUCUGCACAGACCUUUUCACUCGAGGAAUUGACAUCCAGGCAGUCAACGUGGUCAUCAAUUUUGACUUCCCGAAAAGUGCAGAAACCUACCUUCAUCGCAUUGGCAGAUCAGGACGUUUCGGUCACUUGGGUCUGGCCAUCAAUCUAAUAACUUCAGAGGACCGCUACAACCUCAAGAACAUUGAGGACCAACUGGUAACUGAGAUCAAGCCCAUCCCCGGCAGCAUUGACAAGAGCCUUUAUGUGGCAGAGUUUCACUCUGUUGACCCAGAUGAUGACGGCAAAAACGGGGACUUCGGAGCAAUCUGAAUAAACGGAGGAACACAGUGCCUGGCAUUAAGCACACGAUCUUGUCCACGCAUCAAGCAACAUUCAACAUGAAGAUUUCUGUUCUCCACUUUGCCACAAAAAUGGUCGAUUUUUAGAUUUGAAUUCAUUUUCUGUUUUGAGUUCACAGGAAUAUUCUGUUUCAGUCUUGUACAUCAGUAAAGUCAACACUGCUUACAGCCACUUUAUUCCGUAUUUGGCCGCACUGCCAGACAUGGUCACUGUACCUGUGUUGUUGGCCUUUUGCUAAAGUCUGUUAUUGAACUGAGCCACUCGACAAAAGAUUGUCAGUUAUUUUUUUUUUUCCUUUCCUUUGCUGUAACAAUGAAAAUGUGAAACCAAAGAGACGUAAAGAAGAGAGUUCACCUCACAUCGUUGCUGUGAUGUCAGAAUAUAAAUGACCAUGCUUACAUUCUGCUGACAUGCCUUUUUCAGUUGAUGCUUUAAAAGAAAUCAAUCUUUAUUUAACAACACUUGGAAGCAACUUAAUUCGAUAACCCCCUCUGCUACCAGAACAGCCGGGAUUUUUCCUGAUAUGUGUACAACAAUGUACUGGAAACAUUCCUUAGAGGGACCGGAUCAUGUUGACAUGAUAGCCACAUGUGUUUGCUGCAGAUUAUUCAGCUGCCCAUUCAUGCUACACGUUUAGUGCUUGACCUCAUCUCACUGGUGCUCUGUUACUAUUGACAUCUGUUGUCUGUGGAGGCCAUCUGAUUUGGCAUUGCACCCUGCGAAAAAUAGCCUUAGAUGAUGGGUAGAUUGUGGCUAAAAAGGGAUGCAUGCUGUAAGAAAUAAUACUCAAGAAGGCUCUAGUAUUAGAAUGAUGUCUAUACUGUAAGUGUGCAAAAAAGAUAUUCUUAACAUCACUGGUAACAGGUGCAUGAUUUAACACCUAAAUUCUGUUCUACCCCUGCCAUGAUGCUGCAGAACUUCAUGCCCAUAAUCUGGCCUCAUCUUGUCUCUAGUCUCAGUUUUCUUUGUCUGCAUACUUCUGUUAAAUGUGGUUAUUUUGUCAUGUCAGCCUGAACCAGUCCGGCCAUUCUCCUCUGACCUCUCAUUAACAAGGCGCUCACAGCUUGCAUGUUGUUUUUCUUUGCACCACUGUCUGUAAACCCUGUGGACUGUUUUUGUGUGUGAAAAUCUCAGGAGAAACGUAUCAAUCAUUUUUUUUAGUUAAAAUCACUGCCAUCAAAUUAAUUCUGAUGGUUGGGUCUGAGCAGCUGAACUGUCAUGAGCAUGUCUGUAUGUGUUCAUGCAGUGAGUGGCUGAUUUAUAUAUUGCAUUAACACCUACCGGUAUGUUUACAUUCUAAUUUGGCUACUCAGUGAAAUGGAUUUUUUUGGCUUUAGCCACCAUAACUGUUGACUAGGGGAUGCAGGGGUAAAUAACAGGGCACAUGUAACAUUAACACAUGUCAUUUGUAGUUUAACCAAAUUGUUUUUCAAAGGGAAGAAAAGAAUUACAAUUCAAUAUAGAUGGCUUCAGAAUCAAACUGGACCACUCAAGGUGCAUGUAUAUAAGGGUGCUCCAGCUUCAGCAGAUAAUGAACUUCAAUACUUUUUUAUUUGAAAGAGUUUACUGCAAGGUUUGAUAUGAAAACAUCACAGUGUCGUGACACUUGAUUCUGCAAUGCAUUUUUUUUAAAGAACAGAUCCAUUAUUAACUAGAAGUCAGCUUUUUGAUUUCCAUUUCUUCGACCGCUUUGAGGUCAUAUAACCAUACUGCUUUUUCUCAGGUUUGAGAUGGUCAGUUAUUAACAUUAACAAAAUGGGAAGGGGUUUAUUUACCAUAAUUCUGAAUCUGAUUGUUUCUGGCUCCCCUCUUCUCUUCAAAGUGCCUUAAUCUAAGGGGGGAGAACUCUGCUUACUUUUGUCCCAGUCUUGUUUUUACAGGUAAAAGGCACCCAAGCAUUUCCAUAUUACUUCAUCAUUUAAAGCACAAUUUGAGUUUGAAAAGAUUUUCCCUGUGUAAUGCUUUUUUUUUAUCCAGCCAGAACAGUUCUUGUUGUCUGGAUGUAUUGCAGCCCCUGAUAUCUCGACUCAAGCACAAUGUCACAGAAUAUGUAUGUCUUAAAUUUGAGACUAUAUUGUCGUUUCUUUGACAACUCUGUCCAAACAGCUACAGGGAAGGGACCAUUGUAUGUUCCUGUCUGUUGUUUUCAUGUCUGACUCUGGAGCACCCUCUCAUGUUAGAUUUUUGGCUCCCCUAUAUUCCUCAGAGCAGUCGCCAUUUAAAAAAAACAGAUGUGUUAUGUGAUCAAAACUAUUGAACAUCAUCUGAAUGAGUUAGUAAUCUGAGACCAUUUGUCCCAUCAGUGCAAUUUGGAGAAUAACUACCUUCAUGUAAUGAUUUAAAGAUUUUUUUUAAGCUACGAGAGACAAGCAAGAACUUUCUGUUAAGUGUGUCACACCAGCUCCUCAAAGAAUUAAAGUUCAACUGAAACGUG